AUGGCUACCCAGGAGGCCACCCCCAGCAUUCCGAGCAAACGUGGCUCAUCAGCUCUUCAAAUGGGGCCUCGAAAAAAGGCCUCCUCGUCUGAUCCGCUUGUCUCCCAUGGACGCCACUUUGGUCGAACAGUAUUCACACUUUGUAAUUAUCCUUCCUUGCUCACCAAUGGUAUCCUGAGAUUGGAGCAAAUGGAAGACACCCCAUUAGAGGAUUUCUCUGCUGAAGAGCGGCGGGAACAUCGCGUCUUUGAGCAGCUGUUGGACUCCUAUCCCGGCCUUCUGGAGCGACUGAAGGAUGGGUCUGAGGAGGAAAUCAUUCACGUUGGAGAGCUGAUUGGUAGGGGAGCGGCGGGUGCCAGAGGCGACAACACAAAAACACUAAAGUCUGCGGUACUCAAUUGGGUGACCCCGAAGGGUGAAGCAAUACAGCCUCCUUUACAUCAUAACUCCAAAAUCGACCGCGGUUUCAACCAUCCACUUACUGGAUCUCUCCUCUGUCCUGCUGGGCUGGACUGGAACGACCCUCAUGGUGAAAUACUGGUCUGUGGGGAUCAAUGGCCCAUUUUCUUGUACACCCACCACAUUUAUGACCCUGAAGACCCGUGGUGCGGCCUUCUCAGAAGCCACUUACUAGUAUGUGCCUACAAGCAUGUUUUCACCUCUCCGAGUUCAGUUGACAGAGAGCCGAAAGCUACACGAUCCGGAAACGCUCGUCUCCACGGGAUGAAAUCCGUCACCAUCGCUUCUAUUGCAUACAUUGCAACUCAGGUGCGAUUCGCUUUGAGCUCAUCCUCAGUGUUUUCGCGGACCGACACAACAACAGACUCAGAAAUGUUUUAUCAUAGUUUCCUCGAUCUGUUAGAAGACCCUGAGGAAUUCAAGGAAGUUGAUGAGCUGUUGACCUGGUGGAAUCGUCAAGUUUUUCCUACCUCCUUUGCUGCCAAGAGGGCUAUCAGUGUCAACAGCGCCUUAUUCAAGAUCCGACAAAAGUGUGUUGCCCUCAAACAGGCUACAAACGUCCCUUUGUAG